AGCAGAUUGUCUGUGGUGUUGAGUUUUCACACCGAGAGUGAAUUAAAGAGAGAGAGUGAGGUUAGGUGGCGGACAACGAAAGAUGGCAAACAACAAGUAGUAUAUCAAACUGUAUAGCGCCAGGCUGUAUGAAUUGUCUCCAAACAAAAAUCCCCCAUCAUCAGCUGCCCCCAAGGACCCACAACUUUUGAAGAAGUGGCUCCUCAUGUUCUGAAGAGAAAGGAAGUGCCAGCUCAAUUUAGUAGGAUCUGGCGACAGCACUUCGUGGAGGAAGACUUUGCGACGAUGGGGAACUUUCGAUGCGGCAACCGAAGGGUUUCUGUGGGAGCAAAACUCAUGACUCUGAUUCCAUUUCCAUUAUUAGCAGCAUUUAGGCUGUUUGAAGAGCAGAGACAGAAUGGCUAUAUAAGGAAUGGAACAUAUAGGACCAGGUCCCUGCUAGCAUUAUAACCUAUACAGCUGUCAGAUGUGGGCCGUUAACAAGCAACAACUGAGAUGGAGAGAUAAUGCUAGUUAGCUAGUUAGCUAACCUACCCCGACCAUGAGUUCACAAAACUACUCUCCUCCUGUUAAAGAAGAAGAGGUCUGCUGGACGGAGAAAGAAGCUCUAGUGAAAGAGGAGGAGGAAGAGAAAGAUGUUACAAUACAAAAACAAGUAGAGGGUGAAGCUGUUACCGUGAAAGAAGAAGAAGAGAAAGACGUUUCAGUGAAAGAAGAGGAAGAGGAGGAUGUUACAGUAAAAGAAGAGGAGAUGGAAGUGACAGUGACAGAAGAGGAAGACGCGUUCAGAGUGACUGAGGACGAAGAGAAUGUGGAUGCACCAUCGAGAGCAUCCUGUCGGGCUGUGUCACCGCCUGGUACGGCAACUGCACCGCCCGCAACCGCAAGGCUCUCCAGAGGGUGGUGCGAUCUGCUCAACGUAUCACCGGGGGAAAACUACCUGCCCUCCAGGACACCUACACCACCCAAUGCAACAGGAAGGACCAAAAUAUCACCAAGGACAACAGCCACCCGAGACGCUGCCUGUUCAGCCCGCUACCAUCCAGAAGGCGAGGAUGCAGUUUUUGGACUGAAGGAGGAAGGAGAGAUAACUGACACAUUGGUGGAGGAAGAAGAGGAAGAGGAGGAGACAGGAGAUCUGAUUAACACCAAGAAGUUUCCGGUGCGUUCUGCAGUACGUUCCUGUCCGCUUUGCCCCAAGGUGGUGGUCGGCUUCAGUCAGCACCUGAGGAACACGCACAACGUAAGGAACACGGAGGAGAGGAUCCUCCUUUGUAAUUGGCAGUCUGGCCGCGUCAAUAUCAGAAAGGAAACUUGUCCAGUGACGGGAUGUUCCACACGCGUCAGUAGACUGGAUCGACACAUGGAGUCCCACACGGAGCUCAACAGAUCGCAGAGGAGACGAGCUUUAGAGGAACUUAGGAGACGGCUGACCAUGGAGCGGCUGGCCACGUUGAGGGCGUCCAACCCUGUCGUACCGCUGACCACCCGUUUGGAUAUCGCGGACGGUGUUGCGAAACAAGAAGAGGAGGACGACUCUUUAGAUUCGCUGCUGACUCCUUUGGAAGGGGAGGAGGAGGAGGAGGAGGAGGACGUGAGCUGCGAAGCUUAUUCCUGCCACUGCCAAGCGCCGAUCCUGAGGCUGCGGAAAGCUUUGCAAGAGCGGGAUGAAGCCCUGACCAAGAUAAGUGAGACCAUCCGAUCCGUUAGAGAGGACAACCUAAAGCUGAUCUCUGAACUGAAUAGAGCGAGGAAGAGGUACCAGCUACUGAAAAGGCAGAAGACGAGUGUCGGGGCAAGGACGGCAAAUGCGAGGUCCAGGUUUCAGACCGAGCCGUCUCCUCUUGCGUCAGACACAGAACAAGAGGAGCUGCAGGAGGACAAAGACGUGGGUUCAGGGGCUCAGACAGAGGAGGACACGGCGCCUGGAUCGAGCAGCCAAAUUCCCUUCUCAGGCUCUGCUCUGAGUGUGUUUAUGGAGGGGUUCAGGAAGACCUGUGAAGGCCCCAAUCCAAACAAUAAACUGAAGCAAGAUUGUGCCGCAAAGCUCAAGAUGGUGCAGCAAUUUUUGACGUACAUGGCGAAGGAUGAGUUUUAUCCAUCCGCUCUCACUUUCCUGACGAACCACGACAACAUGAGGAGUGUGUGUGUGUUUUUAGAUGGUUUCAGACUCUACAGAAGAACAAGGCCGUCGCCACGGUCAACCACUACGCCUCGACGAUCGGUGCGUUUCUCCAAUACUCCGAGGAGACGCCUCCGCCUGGUUGCCGGCUGACCAAAAACCAUUGGAAGGAGAUCAACCGGGCAAUGAGGGAGAUUAACGAGUCCGUGAAACGACCCGUUUCCAGGAAGGAAGGAAAGGUGGUGUCUAUAAAGAGCCUGCUGGAAUGCCAGUCUCUUUUUUUUUCUCAAUCUGUGAUACCAUCUGUUAUUCCACUCUUCUAGCCGUCAUAGAUGUUUACAGGACAAUAUGCUGUCUGUUAUUAUUAUAGAUGUUUACGGAACAUUAUGCUGUCUGUUAUUAUUAUAGAUGUUUACAGGACAUUAUGCUGUCUGUUAUUAUUAUAGAUGUUUACAGGACAUUAUGGAAGAUGUCUGUUAUUAUUAUAGAUGUUUACAGGACAUUAUGGAAGCUGUCUGUUAUUAUUAUAGAUGUUUACAGGACAUUAUGGAAGCUGUCUGUUAUUAUUAUAGAUGUUUACAGGACAUUAUGGAAGCUGUCUGUUAUUAUUAUAGAUGUUUACAGGACAUUAUGGAAGCUGUCUGUUAUUAUUAUAGAUGUUUACAGGACAUUAUGGAAGCUGUCUGUUAUUAUUAUAGAUGUUUACAGGACAUUAUGGAAGCUGUCUGUUAUUAUUAUAGAUGUUUACAGGACAUUAUGGAAGCUGUGUUAUUAUUAUAAUGUUUACAGGACAUUAUGGAAGCUGUCUGUUAUUAUUAUAGAUGUUUACGGAACAUUAUGGAAGCUGUCUGUUAUUAUUAUAGAUGUUUACAGGACAUUAUGGAAGCUGUCUGUUAUUAUUAUAGAUGUUUACAGGACAUUAUGGAAGCUGUCUGUUAUUAUUAUAGAUGUUUACAGGACAUUAUGGAAGCUGUCUGUUAUUAUUAUAGAUGUUUAAAGGACAUUAUGGAAGCUGUCUGUUAUUAUUAUAGAUGUUUACAGGACAUUAUGCUGUCUGUUAUUAUUAUAGAUGUUUACAGGACAUUAUGGAAGCUGUCUGUUAUUAUUAUAGAUGUAUACAGGACAUUAUGGAAGCUGUCUGUUAUUAUUAUAGAUGUUUACAGGACAUUAUGCUGUCUGUUAUUAUUAUAGAUGUUUACAGGACAUUAUGGAAGCUGUCUGUUAUUAUUAUAGAUGUAUACAGGACAUUAUGGAAGCUGUCUGUUAUUAUUAUAGAUGUUUACAGGACAUUAUGGAAGCUGUCUGUUAUUAUUAUAGAUGUUUACAGGACAUUAUGGAAGCUGUCUGUUAUUAUUAUAGAUGUUUACAGGACAUUAUGGAAGCUGUCUGUUAUUAUUAUAGAUGUUUACAGGACAUUAUGGAAGCUAUCCUGUUUUUAUUCUCAUUAUCCAACAGAAAUCUCGGAAGAAACGAGGACACAGAGGAACCAGAACCGGUUUUACGGAUUCCUGUGUGCCUAUUUUACCUCCAUGUACGGCCACAGCCCGGGCCUGUAUAGAAACAUGACGGUGAAGGAGGUGGAGGAGGCCCAGUGGGGCCUGUCUGGGACCUGUCUGAUCAACGUGGGAAACACACAACAAAUGAAAACCACGAUCCAGAUGUCGCUGACCAAAGAAGAGUACACUUGGUUUUCAGACUUCCUGAAAUUCAAGCACUUCCUCCCAGGGGGAAAGAAAGCCCGGCACUUUUUUUUUCAAUUCCACCAACACUGAGAUCAGGAAUCUACCGGUCUACCUGAAAGAGGCGUGGAAGGAGAUGGGCCUGCCUGAAAGCCCUAACUUCACCGAGCUGCGGACUUCCAUCGUCAGUCAUGUCAAAAACGUUCUCCCGAAUGCCGACAGGGAAAUGCUGGCUGACUUCAUGUGCCACGACAGCCAGAUGAAAGACAAACGUUACGCGAUGAAUCCUUCCAAAGCCGGUGAAACCAGCGCCUUCCUUGAGACGGCGUCGAAGGGAGAAGAUACCGCACCACGGGCACCGCAGAGAACCAACCCUCCACCUCCAGAAAGAGGAAGACGAGAGAGGGCGAAUCCGUCUCCGAAUGGAGCACCACUCCUGAAGAGAUCGAGGUGCAGGACGGGGAGGACCAGGAACGAAGCACCAACCCUGAAGAGAUCGAGGUGCAGGACGGGGAGGACCAGGAACGAAGCACCAACCCUGAAGAGAUCGAGGUGCAGGACGGGGAGGACCAGGAACGGAACGGACGGCCAGACAAACCUCUAGUAGAAUAACAUAUCCAGAGACGACGCGUUUAGAUUGCAAAGAUGCACUUGUACGCCAUUUAACAGUCGAGAACAAACCGAUUUAUACUCGGGCGUGUUGGUCUCCUCAAACUGAGGAACGCAUCGCCGCUCGCCUCCCACUUUGUCGCGCUGCGUAUGAUGUAUGACGCUGCAGGGUAUGAAGCAGCUGAGGUCCGUUUAAAGCUUUAAACUCAAAACAGACUCCAGGAGAAAGAAGGACGAGGAAGUGCACGAGGAAAGACGGAUGGGGGGUGGGGUUUGACCUCUGACAGUCAGAUGGAAGGAGGGGAGCUGUCUUCUGAAGAAUGUUCGACUUUCUCACAUGUAUACACACCACACGCUGACACACACACACACACACACACACACAGGUUGUUGAUUCAGACUCCUGAUGGAGACAUUAUAACAAACAAUUAUAGCUCUGACACACAUUAUAAAAAGUCAUUUAAUGUCUAUUUCAGUUCUCGUUUAGAUUAUUCAAUAAAGUUUUGUUACUAGUU